CCAAGGCGAGGAGUAGGGAUUAAGGCUGUGAGGCACAAACGGACUCCUUCGACUGCUUUAUUUGCCGCCGGUAACGGGAAUAUUAUCGUCACCGGUAACUACACCGAACCUGGAUUUGCUAUUAGGUUGAAAAUAAAAUGAGGAUAGAGAAGUGUUGGUUUUGUUCCUCCACUAUCUAUCCAGGGCAUGGUAUGCAAUUUGUCCGCAAUGAUGCAAAGAUAUUUCGCUUUUGCAGAUCCAAGUGCCACAAGAACUUCAAGAUGAAGAGGAACCCACGCAAGGUGAAAUGGACCAAGGCCUAUAGGCGGUUACAUGGGAAGGACAUGACACAGGAUUCUACCUUUGAGUUUGAGAGAAAGCGUAAUAGGCCAGAAAGAUACGACAGGAACCUUACAGAAAACACUCUGAAGGCCAUUAAGACGAUUGAUAAAGUUAGAUCAAGGAGGGAGGCCAAACACAUUGAGAGGAGAAAGAAGGGAAAGAAGGCCCAGGAGAUGAGGGAGGCAGUAAAGGAGCUGGAGCAGAACAUUAGCUUGGUCAAAGCUCCAUCUGUUCUCAAGGAGGACCCAUCUCUCACUCUUCCAAAGAUCAAGGUCAAGGUGUCUCAUGCACAGGUAGAGAAUCAACCAAUGGAAGAAUGAUUCAUUUGAUCUUUGUGCUGCACGGCUCGUAUAAUCUGCCAAAAUGUUAUUAGCUGCGACUCUUCACUCUAUUAACCAGCACAAUGAGCAGAUGCAAAGGUUCUCUCUGAAAGACAACCUGCGUUUCAAAAUAUUUUAGUUGUGCUUUUAUUUUGUGCUUCUGAGCAUUGGGAGUGAUGAAUUUCUCCUUUCUCCAUCCUGUAUCUUAAAUUUUUGCCGGAUCUUGUUACUGAAAAGGCCAAAGGAAAACAUUCUC